AUGAAGCAUUACUUCCGAGAUGCCGUCAGCAUUGCCAUCGACAAGCCAGAGCUAGGUGGACGGGAAAGCUGGCGUAGCUCAACGAGUCAGGAGCGUGACGCCCUAUUCCAUCAACUGUACCAACUACAUGUAGCUCCUCUGACUAUCUCAACUUUCGUAUCGCGGAUUGUCUGCAAAAACAUCAACUUUUGUGCCAGUUUCAACCAGAACAACGAUCAACCCAACGAUGCUCUGAUGCGGGGCAUAGUCGAGGACAUGUUUGUGGAGCGGUGUGAGCUCUUCCCCCUCUCCAUCAUGUUUUUUCAGGAUCCAAAGGGGGUGGAACUCUUCCAGAGCUGGGUCCUCACUGUUGUGCCGCGAUAUGAGCACUCUCGCAUCCUGGGCAAGUACAAAGAUUCGAGAACAGGUCUUUUUGGCCGACCUCCAUUUGAUUUACGAUAG